UAGCGUGUGCGCGGCCGGUCUCAUCUCCCGCGGCGCUGGGGCCCGCGCUCCGCCGCUGCCGGAUCCAGCGCUUCGCCGGCGGCCAGUUUCUCUCCGCGCCCGCCCGCUCAUCCACCAGGCCUUUCUCUCCUUCGCGGCCCGUGGCGUCCACCCGGCCGGCCCUCUCCCGCCCCGUCUCCUACUCUGCCCGCCGCGGCCCCGGCCCCGAUGGCUCUGUGCAACGGAGACUCCAAGCUGGAGAAUGCUGGAGGAGACAUUAAGGAUGGCUGCCACCACUAUGAAGGAGCUGUGGUCAUUCUGGAUGCUGGUGCUCAGUACGGGAAAGUCAUAGAUCGAAGAGUGAGGGAACUGUUUGUGCAGUCGGAACUCUUCCCAUUGGAAACACCAGCAUUUGCUAUAAAAGAGCAUGGAUUCCGUGCUAUUAUCAUCUCUGGAGGACCUAAUUCUGUGUAUGCAGAAGAUGCUCCCUGGUUUGAUCCAGCAAUAUUCACUAUUGGCAAGCCUGUUCUUGGAAUUUGCUAUGGCAUGCAGAUGAUGAAUAAAGUAUUUGGAGGUACUGUGCACAAAAAAAAUGUUAGAGAAGAUGGAGUCUUCAGUAUUACCAUGGAUAACACAUGCUCAUUAUUCAGGGGCCUUCAGAAGGAAGAAAUUGUUUUGCUUACUCAUGGAGAUAGUGUAGACAAAGUAGCUGAUGGAUUCAAGGUUGUGGCACGUUCUGGGAACAUCGUGGCAGGUAUAGCAAAUGAAUCUAAAAAAUUAUAUGGAGUACAGUUCCACCCUGAAGUUGGCCUUACAGAAAAUGGGAAAGCAGUAUUGAAGAACUUCCUCUUUGAUAUAGCUGGGUGCAGUGGGACCUUCACUGUGCAGAACAGAGAAUUGGAGUGCAUUCGAGAGAUCAAAGAGAAAGUAGGCACAUCAAAAGUUUUGGUUUUACUCAGUGGUGGAGUAGACUCAACAGUUUGUACAGCUUUGCUGAAUCGUGCUUUGAACCAAGAUCAAAUCAUUGCUGUGCACAUUGAUAAUGGCUUUAUGAGAAAACGAGAAAGCCAGUCUGUAGAAGAGGCCCUCAAAAAACUUGGAAUUCAGGUCAAAGUGAUAAAUGCUGCUCAUUCUUUCUACAAUGGAACAACAACUCUACCGAUAUCAGAUGAAGAUAGAACUCCACGAAAAAGAAUCAGCAAAACGUUAAAUAUGACAACAAGUCCUGAGGAGAAAAGAAAAAUCAUUGGGGAUACUUUUGUUAAGAUUGCCAAUGAAGUAAUUGGAGAAAUGAACCUGAAACCUGAGGAGGUUUUCCUUGCCCAAGGUACUUUACGGCCUGAUCUAAUUGAAAGUGCAUCCCUUGUUGCAAGUGGCAAAGCUGAACUCAUCAAGACCCAUCACAAUGACACAGAGCUUAUCAGAAAGUUGAGAGAAGAGGGAAAAGUAAUAGAACCUCUGAAAGAUUUUCAUAAAGAUGAAGUGAGAGUUUUAGGCAGAGAACUCGGACUUCCAGAAGAGUUAGUUUCAAGGCAUCCAUUUCCAGGUCCUGGUCUGGCAAUUAGAGUAAUAUGUGCUGAAGAACCUUACAUUUGUAAGGACUUUCCUGAAACCAAUAACAUUUUGAAAAUAGUAGCUGAUUUCUCUGCAAGUGUUAAAAAGCCGCAUACACUAUUACAAAGAGUCAAAGCCUGCACAACAGAAGAGGACCAGGAGAAACUGAUGCAAAUUACAAGUCUGCAUUCACUGAAUGCCUUUCUGCUGCCAAUUAAAACUGUAGGUGUGCAGGGUGAUUGUCGUUCCUACAGUUAUGUGUGUGGAAUCUCCAGUAAAGAUGAACCUGACUGGGAAUCACUUAUUUUCCUGGCUAGGCUUAUACCUCGCAUGUGUCACAACAUUAACAGAGUUGUCUAUAUAUUUGGCCCACCAGUUAAAGAGCCUCCUACGGAUGUUACUCCCACUUUCUUGACAACAGGGGUGCUCAGUACUUUACGCCAAGCUGAUUUUGAGGCUCAGAACAUUCUCAGGGAGUCCGGUUAUGCUGGAAAAAUCAGUCAGAUGCCGGUGAUUUUGACACCAUUACAUUUUGAUCGGGACCCGCUUCAGAAGCAGCCUUCAUGCCAGAGAUCCGUGGUUAUUCGAACCUUUAUUACUAGUGAUUUCAUGACUGGUAUACCUGCAACACCUGGCAAUGAGAUCCCUGUAGAGGUGGUGUUAAAGAUGGUCACUGAGAUUAAGAAGAUUCCUGGUAUUUCUCGAAUUAUGUAUGACUUAACAUCAAAGCCCCCAGGAACUACUGAGUGGGAGUAAUAAACUUCUUGUUUCACUAAAGUACUGUGUGCAGUUUAAAUUAAUUAGAGACCAUUCCCAGUAUUGACACGCAGUACUGUGAAGAGUGCUGGAGCGGCUAUAUUACAUCUGAAUUCUUCACAGCAAAAAUUUAUGGCCUGAAGGCUGAGUUGGGAAUAACUAAAGGGGACUGAAGUUUGUACGGGUAUAAUCAACGCAUCAUUGCCUACACUCAGAUUGACACUGCAUUUGCCUUUCCCUCACUUGUCCUUUAUGUGUAAACUUACUGUUGCUAUUGUUGUCUGUCAGUGAAGAUGUAUGGAGGUGGGUGAGUUUGGGGUAUUAAUGGGCUUCCAAGUUCCCUUGUCAGUUUCUAAGAGAUGUUAGAAAACUCCCGUGACUUAGUAUGUAUGCCUGUUGGAGAAUCUGAGUUUCCAUGUCAAUAACCUCGUUUCUCCAAAGGGUGGGGGAAGUGAUGAACAUGUCAGACAAAGGUAUAGGUGGGCUGUUCCAGCCACUUUUUCAGUACACUGGCAUUAUAAAUGUAAGCUACUUUUAAGAUGAAAAGCACCAGAAAUUUGCAGAAGUGCUUUAGAAUUUCAUGAUACCACAGCCAUGGGAGAAAGAAACUAUGAGUGGUCUCAGUUUAAAAUGUGUUCAAAUCCUGUUUCCCAUAGGUGUCGUGUUGCUUACGUAGCUUUUUCACUAAUAAGGAGCUUUAUCCUCCCUGCCUUAUAUUGCCUGCUAUAGCAGCCUGGAUAGGAAGUUUCUGUUCUCUUCCUAGAAGAGACUGGCUUUGGUGCAGCAUCAAGUUUGAGGGCUUUAAUCUCGUUUGGUCAGAGGGGAAGCUCUGAGACCAUGAAGACGAUUGUGCAUGCCCGCAGCUUACAAAUGCACGCCCGCAGCUUCUAUUACCUAGUGAAGAGUUGUAAAACGAACUCUUAGAUGUCAUGUGUUAGGUUCAUUACCCACUGCCCAGAAGACUGACUAGUCUUGGUUUGUACGCGCAAUUGCCAAACUUUGUAAUCCUACCAGCUGUAAGAGAAGAUUCACGAAGUGGUGUAAGACUUGUUCCCAUUGCCACCAGUUUCUGCCAGAUCCUUUGUAACAUUUAUGUAAGUACUAUAAAAAUAGGCAGUAUUAGACGUAUAUUCUACAACCAUUUCUCAGUAUUUUAGCUGAUGUUACUAUUUAAGAAUGUUACCAUGUUUUUCUUCUUUUGUUUAUUGAAGUAUAAUUGAUAGGCAACGUAUUAGUUUUAGGUGUCUACAUUUUUCUCAUACCACUUCCAUCUCAGGUUGCUGCCUCUUAUUUUCAAAAUUCUGUAUUAAGGUAUAAAAUUUUGUAUGGGAUUCAGUGUUAGACAAAUAAUAAAAUUAUGCGUGGCAGAUGUCUUCAUUCUGGCUGGCCCAGAGGACAAGAAAGCUGUUGCUGGACCGUCGAGGGAAGAACUCUGUCUGUUGUAACUGAUAUCCUUA